AUGACCCAGUUCUCCCACUAUCCUGCUUGCAAAGAGCGAGAAAGACCCAAAUUCGCCCCGGUACCACGUCACAUUCAUAGCGAACCCUAUUACCGAAAAAACAUCAAUGCAUAUCUGCAAUAUGAGCUCGGUCCGGAUGCUCUACAAGAUGAGGGAUGCAGAGUAAUCCAGGAAUGUGGGAUCCAAGAUAUUCCUCAAUCUGCCGAUUCCAACUAUGGCUCAGGGACCCACAACAGCCUACCCCGUUUACCAGGGGCGGGGGAAGCUGUUCCCACGGCCACAGACCUCCAAAACAGCCCAGGUGCCGAAAGUCCUGUUGAAAAUAUGUACUCCAAAGGUAUGGAAGACUCAACGUUCAUGAUGAAAUUAAAUGAUUGCAUUGUGAUUCGUCUGAUUCCUCGAAAAGCACGUCCGGGAAGUAAUAUCGUGGUAGUCGUCAUUGACCGAAUUAUGCGUUUUGCGAUUUACAGAGGUUUCAUUGACGUCAGCACAUAUCUGAUAGAUCAUGAAGACGCAAGUCUAACGGCAAAGGCAACCAUGAACAGGACGGCUAUCUUCUAUGCAGCUGGAAUUGGAGAUCUCAACAUGCUGAGAUAUGUUUUUGAAAAGAUGGAGCUGAGCUUUUCCCGGAAUUAUUAA